UCGGAGGUGUGGCGGAGGAGGAGACGUGAACUGAGCCCGGCUCUGAUCACAUCGCCUCCUGCCCGCGGAGCCUCCGACUACAUUUCCCAGAAGGCCUUGCGGCCUCCUGGAGCAGUUCCGGUGCCACUUUUCUCCCCCACGCAAGUUCCGCCCCUCCGUCUGGAUGCUGGCUUGUGGCCUCCUCAGCUGCGUUCCUUCAGCCACUACUGCCGCCCGGGUCCGAGCCCCGCGUCCGGUCCGGGGUGCUGUUAAGCUGGGGCUGAGCUGCGGCCGACAGUCUCCUGGGGGGGGGGGGGAGGAAGCGGGCGCGCUGAUUGGUUAGCCAGGAGAGGUGCGAGGCCGGGAAGCCAAUCAGCGGCUCUGCUCCUCUCCUCCCUGAGGGAGGUCCCGGGGGCCGAAGGCACGUGCGCAAUUCCCUUUCCCGCCUGGGCCAGGGGUAUUUGUCUGCCCCGGGCCCGCCCCCCGGCACGUGGCCACGGCUCCCUCUCCCGGCCCAGGUCCGCCCCGUAGAGGAGCUGGCAUGGCCCCCGGGCCGGAGGGCGCCGUGACCUUCCAGGACGUGGCCGUGACCUUCACCCCGGAGGAAUGGGGGCGCCUGGUGGCCCCCCAGAAGGAGCUGUACCGGGAGGUGAUGCUGGAGAACUACGGGCACCUGAGCAGUCUGGGACUGGCCGCUUCGAAGCCGGACGUGAUCCUCCGGCUGGAGCGAGGGGAAGCCCCGUGGCCGCGGAGACACGGUGCAGAUUUGCAGGUGGUGUCUAAAACCAAGGAGUCAACUCCAAAGAUUGCCAUUUCUAUUGAAGAAUCAUCCUCGAAAACACUCACAAAGAAUCUUCCCUGUGUCUUCAAGUUGGGAGAAACCUUAGAAUAUGAUACCCAGUUAAAGAAGCAGCAAAGAAAUGUGGAAAAGUACUCCAGAAUUCACCCUGGAGAGAAGCCCCGUAAAUGUAAUGAAUGUGGGAAGCCCUUUCGCCAGCGUUCACAACUUAUUGAACAUAUGAGAAUUCAUACUGGAGAGAAACCUUAUGAAUGUAAGAUAUGUGGGAAGGCCUUCAGGCGGACCACAGGACUUAUUCAACAUCAGACAACUCAUACUGGAGAGAGACCUUAUGAAUGUAAUGAAUGUGGGAAGGCUUUUACCCGGAUCACAGAUCUUACUCGACAUCAAAGAAUUCAUACUGGAGAAAAACCUUACAGAUGUGAGGAGUGUGGAAAGGCCUUCACCCAGAUUAUAGAUCUUACUCGACAUCAAAGAAUUCAUACUGGAGAAAAACCUUAUGAAUGUUUUGAAUGUGGGAAGGCCUACCAUGGGAGCUCACAACUUACUCGACAUCAGAGAAUUCAUACUGGAGAGAAACCUUAUCAGUGCAGUGAAUGUGGGAAGGCUUUCAGUCAGAAGUCACAACUUACUGUACAUCAGAGAAUUCACACUGGAGAGAAACCUUAUGAAUGCAAAGAAUGUGGGAAGGCCUUCAGUCAGAGCUCACAACUUACUCUACAUCAGAGAAUUCAUACUGGAGAGAAACCUUAUGCAUGCAAAGAAUGUGGGAAGGCCUUCAGUCAGAGCUCACAGCUUACUCUACAUCAGAGUGUUCACACUGGAGUGAAACCUUAUGAAUGUAAUGAAUGUGGGAAGUCUUUCAGCUGUUUCACAAUACUUACUGAACACCAGCGAAUUCAUACUGGAGAGAGACCUUAUAAAUGUAAUGAAUGUGGAAAAGCUUUUAGCCAGAGCUCACAGCUUACUCUACAUCAUAGAAUUCAUACAGGAGAGAAACCUUAUGAAUGUAAUGAAUGUGGGAAGGCCUUUAGUCGCUUCACAAUUCUCACUCAACAUCAGAGAAUUCAUACAGGAGAAAAACCUUAUGAAUGUAAUGAAUGUGGGAAGUCUUUUAGCUGGAGUACAGGACUUAGUAGGCAUAAAGCAAUUCAUAAUGGAGACAAACCGUAUGAAUGUGAAGAGUGUGGGAAGGCUUUCCAUGAGAGCUCUCAGCUAAUUCGACAUCAGAGAAUUCAUACUGGAGAGAAACCGUAUGAAUGUUUUGAAUGUGGGAAGGCUUUUAGUCGUUUCACAAUACUUACUCAACAUCAAAGAAUUCAUACUGGAGAGAAACCUUAUGAAUGCUUUGAAUGUGGAAAAUCUUUUAGCCGGAGCUCUCAGCUUACUCUACACCAGAGAAUUCACACUGGAGAGAAACCUUAUGAAUGUUUUGAAUGUGGCAAAGCUUUCAGUCAGAGUUCACAGCUUACUCUACAUCAGAGAAUUCAUACUGGGGAGAAGCCUUAUGAAUGUAAUGACUGUGGGAAGGCCUUCCGUGACAGUUCACAACUGUCUCGACAUCAGAGAAGUCAUAAUGGAAUAAAACCCUAUGAAUGUAUGUGAAAAGGCCUUUUCCCCCAGAGAAUAGAACUUAUUUGACCUAUUCUUGGUGAAAUAUUGCCUUUGACUGGUAAAGCUUAUGAAGAUAAUGAUAGUGAGAAAGAUUUUAGCCAGAGUAUUCCCUUGAUAUUUACAGAAUUUUAACUAAUGGGUGAAACUAUAGAUAAGCAAAUUCCUGCCUAGUUUUUCUUAGCUGUUACAAAGCCUUUUCUCUCUCAACUCCCCAGCAAUUUCCUUCUCCCAGAUUCCUCACCAAAGCCAGAGUUCACUGAGAAAACUGUGGUUAUCUGUAGUUGUUUUUUUUGCCAGAUUUUUCAUUAGUCUUUUUCAAAAGCUGUUCUCAAUCUAUUUUUUAAUGUUUUGUUUUUAUAUCAAAUUUUCCCAUUCCCUUCUUUGUGAAAAAAGAAAAACAUUUGAGUAAAUAUAGCACCAUAUACAACAGUGUUUUGGCAUAGGCCAGGGGCUCCAAGCUGGAAGGGAAAAGCUAUGUUACAUUAUCUCUUUCCUGGAUUUUCAAUAGGUUUUUCCAUUUCUUGGAGUUUAGCUUCCUAUUAGUAAUCUUUUCAUUUCCCGUAUCCACAUAUUAUAGUACUGUCUUCUUUCUACUUCUUUUGCUGUCUCUGCCCUGGUUCAUGUGAGUCUUCCCAUGUGUCUUUGAGUUUCUCAUAAUUAUUCUGUAUUGCACACUAAUAUUCCAUUAUGAUUACAUUAACCAUAGUAAAUUGGGGCAAUCUAAUUAGAGCUUGGCUCUUCUUCCACUCCUCAGGUAUUCUCAGAAUCACUUGGCUUUCUCCUUCCAUUUCUGAUUCCUUGAAAAUAAAAAAUUGCCUGCCUCCAUGUCACCCAAUCCCCAUCAUCUCUUCUGUCUUCAGUUCAUCUUGUGCUGACUCCUUCCAAGCCACUUACAAAUAAGGUCAGGUGUCACCAAUGCUAAAUAAAGAAAAAAUGCUACCCUUAGCCCACUUACCCCUUGUUUCUAAGUCAGGGCCUCUAUCAAGCCUGGAAGUCAUCAGUGACAUGUUCCACCAAACAUAAUGGCCUUUUGUCAUUUCUUAUUUCUUCCUUGCUCUUUGUGAAUUAAUCAGCUCUGCCUUUUCUUCACACUGCAGAAACAUUUCCCUAGGUCUCUAACUGACCCUUCUCUCCUUUCCUUUGAUUGUGUUUUUUUUUUCCUCUUGAUUCCCUUCAGUUGAACAGUCCCUAAAAUUUUGCUUUUGCUUCCCCUUCUCUUGCCUUCUCUUUCCUAUGUACUCUCACUCUAGGGAAUCUCAUCCACCUCUUAGGGUGACUAUAGGAAGGGCACAGAAAUCUACAAUGCCCUUCUCUGGCUUCUCAGCACCAUCUGUGGUUUUUCAGUUCCUCGGCACCCACAUUCCUUUGAUGAUAAAUGCAGGUUCUUUUGUGUGUUCUGUUUUCACUCUACAUUAGUUUGUAGCUGCCUUUGUUUUUCAGAAUUCAACCAAUAGGCAUAUAUUAAGCUCCUACUGUGUGUCAGGCACUAUGCUAGAUUUAGGGGAUACAAAGACUAAACUUAAGCCUUUGAAGAGCUUGAGGAGGGGCAACACUAAGCAUAUGCAAAAAUAUGUACCAUUGUAAGAGUUUGAAUUUAGGUUUUAUCCUAAUAUGAGAAUUCUAAAGUAAUAUCUAAAGUUGCCGAUUUAAAAAUAUUAUAGCUCAAGUCAAAAUGACUUUUAGCUGCUUUAUUUACAAAGAGGUGGAAAGAGUGAAAGUGGAAAAAUGUAGAUAGACAGACAGAUUCUAAUAAGCCUAUAUUAGCCCUUCUGAGAAGCCAGGCUCAGUCCUGGCAGCGCUUCCCCAAGACUGUCUCCACGUGGAUUUCCCAAUAAUCCUCAGUCAGAAGUCCUGGUGGUGUCUUCUGCCAGGGUUCCUCCAAUGCAGCCUCCUCCAAAGGCAAGGCAGGAAUUUCAUCAUUCACCCAGCAAGCCUACAUAGGAUCCAGGUAAAAGUUCUUCAAGCUGGGAAAGGAAUCUCCGGAACCAAUCUCUCCAAACACCAGGAAGGGAAUGAAUCUAGACCAUGCUGGUCUCUUCUUUUUAUGCUUUUUUCCACAUCACUUCCUGUCAUUCCCCCUUCUUCACAGGAACCAAUGGCAGUCUUUCAAUUUGCCUAGCACUGCCCAAGGGAGGGGGGCAGUAGCCUUUGAAGGUGUGAGCUUACUCUAAUAAGUGACUGUGAACUCUCAUACUUAAUGAUAAGUAGGGGUACUUUAAGUUCUUGAUUUGAUUAGCUAAAAAUAGACAAUGGGAAAGCUAAUCGAAUCUUCACACAAUAUAGAUACAAAGGAAGUGUCUGUGGGCUCCCAGCAGCUUCUGGAAGAAGGCAUGUGAGGAAGGCCUCAUGGAUAAGGCAGCCUAUGAACUUAACCUUGGAGUUAAGUAGGGGUUCAGCAGAGGCAGAGCUGAAGAAGGACAUUUUAGAUUUGGGCAUCAGUCACUGUAAAGACAGAGAAACAGGGUAGGGUGGAGUGUGGGAGGAACAGCACAAAAGCCAGUUUGGAACAUAGAGGGAAGUGGAUAGGAACAUAUGAGACAGGAAAGGUAUAUAGUAGGGUUUAGGUUGUGAACCGUGGAGUUUGUAUUUGACUCUAGAGGCCAUAGGCAUCCAUUCAAGCUUCUUGAAGAAGGGAAUGACAUGGUCUAGCACUUUUGCAGUUGUCUAGGAGAGAGGUGAUGAAUGCCUGAACUAAGGAGAUGAAAUGAAAGACACUGAUUUGAAAUGUUAAGGCAGAAUUGAUCUGAUUUGGCAACUGGGUGAGAGGGGAAUAUAGGGAGCCCAAAGAGUUGAGGAAAAUACUAAGACUUUGAACUAUCCUAGUCUGGGUAAUGAAAAUGACAAUGAUCCAUUUUAUAAAACAGGGAAGUUGGAAAGAGAAUAUAGUUUGUGGGGAUGGAGGAUAGCUUUUAUUUUGGACAUAUUGCCUUUGGAAUGUAUCUGGGGCAUCAUUUGGAAAUGUCCAGUAGCCAGUUGAUGAUUGUAGGUCUGUAGCCUAGCAGAAGGACCGAGGCUAGAUAACCAUCUGGAAAUUCUUCACGUUUGUUGAUUGCUACUAUACAAUGUUCCACCAUGUUCAUAUGCCCCAGUUUGUCUAGCUAUUCCCAACUGAUGGACACCUGCUUUAUUUUCUGCUCUUUUGCCUUUUUUUCUCACCAACAUUUAUCUCAGGUGAUAGAGAGAAUCUUGGAACCUUAGAUUCAGUUGGAGAAUCCCAUUCCCAUGGAGGAUCAAGAAUGCCACCUUAGCAUUGAGGGACAGGUUGUGGUUAAACAAGAAGUGAACCAAGGAUCUGUCAAGUAAAUGCAGUAAGGGCAUGCCCUGAAUGAGGAAGCCUACUUAAAGUUUGGGCUACAGAUGGGCAAGUCUUUGCCAUAAAAACCAAGACUCAUAUUGAGCAUGAUCAACAGAAUAAUAGUUGGAGUGACUGGUGGAGAAGAGUAAAUGUGAAGAUAGGAUUGACUCUCCCCUUGCCUAUUUUUUAAUUAAUCAACCAAAGAAUACCUUUACUUGGCACUAGGUGGAGGAGCUUGCAAGCCACUUAGAGAGUUCCACCCUUUCAACUCAGUCAGAAACUUGUGAAUCCUUUGUGAAGAGUUUACACCCUCAUACAGCAAGAGAUGGAACCUAUAAACACUGCCUGCCCUGGGCAAUCCUAUGCAAAUUAAAAGACUGCAAUUGGUCUCCAUAAAGUGGAGGAAGGGACAGAAAGUGAUGUAGAAAAACGAUUAUAAAAGGUGAUGAACUUCCUUUCCAAGGAAUCUUCGUCCUGAAUUUUUGGGUUGGAGGAUCUUGGCCUGUGGCUUGGAGCUACAACUUGGACCUGGGACUCUGGAUCUUGGACUGCUUCUCAUAAGACUAUUCCUGGAUAUCCCUUUGAACUUCGGCUUGGGUGAGUGAAAAGCUGACCCUCCUUUCCUAACUUCUGGAGAGAUUAGUUCUGGAGAGGCCUCCCCUUCUUGGAGGAGGCUGUGUGGGUUGAAUUCUUGCUUAAUUCACCACCGAGUUCCUUGGCUGAGGGGCUAACAAGAGCCAUGCCUGGGCUGAGCCAGGAACUGGAGCAACAUUUUAGAGUAAUAGGCUGGACUCCUUCUCUACCCUCUUUUUUAUAUUUCUCUACUUUCACUCUUUCCACAUUUUUGUAAAUAAAACUACUAAAAGUCA